CUGGAUGCCAUUUGAAUCGGAGCCAUAAUUGAGAACAGUUUUUGGGCGAUCGACAAUCUUAAGCUAAAUUCAUAACCCUAGUUCUCAUUUGGAUGGGAUAAUCUCAAUUGUCGACCGGACUAGGUUUACUAGGGGCAUCAGCACCAGAACACUUUCUUAUUUCUUCACGAUCCUCGCCGGCUUUUUUCCCAUCCCCAUACGAUCCACCGAAAAGAUUUGCGCUCAAUUGUCGAAGAUUACAGUGGGUUUCUUCCGCCUUACAUCGCUUAUUUCUCCUUUGAAUCCUUCACCGGAAGCUAGCCCCAUACAGCCUAAGAUCUGCGUUCCGAGUUGUCAUCAUUAUUACUAUUUGGGUUGCUUUUGUUUUGGAAUCAUGAAUUUAGUUCCACCGAAGGAUUCCCCUGAUAAAUCUGAUCUGAAGCCAUCAUUCCGCAAACCUUCAAAUGAUUCUGUUAACAGGAAGUAUCGUCACUAUUCACCUGUUGAUGGAUCCGAUUCCUCUUCAUCAGGAGGCAUUCCUAAGCGUGAACAUCACAACAGUUCAGGUAAUUCCAUGGCAAACAGGCAUAAACUAUCUGAUGACAGAGACAGGAAGUAUCAUGAAAAGGAACCUGUGAAGGAUCCUGGCCAUAGUCAUUCUACCAGAGGGAGUGAUUCUUACAGAUAUUCUGAUAAGAAAACUAGUCGAAGCUCUGCUAACUACCAGCACAGUGAUGAUGGAGGCUACCAUAGGCUUGCCAAUGAUGAAGACAGAGAUUCUAACUGGUAUUCAAAGGAUGGCAGGGAAUUAAGAAGUGGCCGUCUUGAUUUUGCCAAGCAUAAUGACAGUUCUGAGAGGUUCAAAGAAAUUAGUCGAAAUCCAGAUAGAAAUGUUGAAAGGUACGACUCUAGAGAAAAAUAUGAGAAUUCUGGACACAGAAGUAGAGGCAAGGAUAGAGAAGAGAAUGCUCCUGAUCAUAGGUAUAAUGAGAUAGAAUCUUCGAGAGCUGCCAUUGGGAGCAGACAAAUGAACUCAAGAAGAGAUAAUAAAAGGGGAGAUGAGCGGGAUAGCCUUAGAGAAAGAGAUGAUAGAGAUGAGAGAAGAAUGCACCACCGAAGCCCAAGUGAUUGCAGGAAAGAAUAUGUGUCCAGUCUUGAUGACAGUAGAGGACAUGCCAAGGAUUCCUUUUCAGGAAGGGAAAGUGCUGUGUAUCGACAGAGAGAAAGUCAGAGAAAAGAAGUUGAUGAGCAGGAUUAUCAGGUACAGAAGAGGAGAUACAAUGAUAAGGACACCAGAAGAUACGAGGAGAAAUACCCUCUAGAUCAUGAUAAAAAUAGGACGGAGAAAAGUGAUAGUUAUCUUGAUAAAAACUCUAAAGCAACUGAGGAGCAAAAUUCUUCAUCAAAAAGGUUGAAGUCAGGGGAAUCAGAUAAGUUUCCACGAAGUAUGGCGGAAGGAAAAUCGUCAACAAGUUCAAAUCAACUUAAUGAUGGGAAGGAGAAGUUCACGUUUGGGCAGACUAGCUCAGCCAAUAACCAUGCUGAACCUGCUCAAGAUUUUAAUGCAGCAAAAGUUGCUGCUAUGAAAGCUGCGGAGUUAGUAAACAGGAACCUUGUUGGGACUGGAGGCUUGUCAACCGACCAGAAGAAAAAACUUCUUUGGGGCAGCAAGAACAGUUCCGAAGAGUCCGGCUCUCGAUGGGAUUUACAACUCUUUACAGAUCGAGAACGCCAGGAAAAGUUCAACAAACUCAUGGGUGUGAAGGGAGAGGCAGCUCCUCAGGAGCGCAAGCCCGACGAGAAGGAUGCAGAGAAGCAGAAGGAGCUGCAGAUGGAUUUGGAGAAGCAGUACACUGCCGGCCUGCGGCGCAGAGAUGGCCGCACCGUCGGCCUUGGUCUGUAAUUCUCACCGUCUUUCGCCAUUUUCCUUUUUUAAACCAUAAGCUCAGUGCUGGAUUAUAGAUCUGAUAGUUUUGCAAUUUAUUGCAAUAAAUUUAAGUGGAAUGCUCUUGACUUAAUUUGAAAUCUGUUUAUUUCUCUUGGUUGGAUGAUUUCAUGGCCUUCGAGUGAGGUUCUCUUGCUGUUUCUGUGGGGUUUGUCUAUCAGUUUGUCGUCAGUACAGAUGUAUGGGAUGUUUUUUAUAAAUAUUUUUA